CAUAUUGUUCUGAUCACCUGUCUCCCUCUGUAGCUCUGAGACAGACUGCUGACCUGUCCAGGGCGAACCCUUGACCUGAGUCAGCUGAGAUAGGCUCCAGCCUCCCACGAUCCAACAGAGGAUUGAGUAGUUUAUAGAUUAUGCAUAGAUGGAUGGAAUUCUUAAUUAUUUCAAGAAAAAUGCACAAGUUUUUGCUGACUAUUAAAUAGGUUUAAAUAGUAAAACAUGGAAUGCAUUGCUAUUAUAUUUGGAUUGAAUUUCGUAAUGUAACAGAUUUGUGGAAUAUCUUUUUCAUUUUAAUCUAAUUCAUUUAAUGUAUACAUUUUUUUUUGACAAACCGUUUUGUGCAUGAAAUGAAAUGACAAAUUUCUCCCUUUCUUCCUCUCUCAACUUUCUAACCAGCGAAAGCGAGACAGCAGCCCACCAGGAGCCUCCAGCCAAGUGGUCCUGCACCCCCUCUGGCUCUCAGCAUGGAGGCGAGGAACCAUCCCGGCCGGAGGAACACGCUGCCCAGCCAGAAAGGAGCACCAGCCCCCAGCCGUCCACCUCUGGCUCACUGCAUUACCCUCCAGAGCCUCACAUAAGUCUCAUCCCCCCACCGUACACCUCAGAAUCAGAUUCAGAUUCAGACUAUUAUUCCGAUUCUGGUGUAGAGGGAGAUGUGGAUACUGACUCAGACUCUGAUUUCCAGGACGAGAGGAGCUCCAGCCCCCCGAGGUCCAACUCUGCUCAGCAAGCGAGGACGUCCCGGCAAAUCUCCACCCCGGGGGAGAAAGAGCAGAGUCAGGGAGGAGAUGGAUCAGAGGCCAGCAGCAGGGACAAGGAUGUAGGGUCUUUACAGAUGUUCAGAGGGAGCUGAUGCCACAUCUGGUCCAGCUGAUGGAAGGUCUUGAAGUUCUCUGACUGAAGAUGGUCCUCUCACUGGAUUUAAGUUUCAGAUGCUCAGGAACAAACUCCACCAAUGAGCCAACAGGAAAGCUUUAGUUUUAUGAAAUGUUGCUAUGAAGCAUGAAGACUAAACUCUCCACAAGGACCCAAAAUAAGUUGGACUUCUACAUGAGAGCUUUAGUUAUUCUUCAUCUACUUCCUGAAAAGUUUGGUCAAUAAAAAAGACAAAAACUAAUAUUUUCA